AUGAAAUAAAUCCUAUUCAUAUCUUUUUAUGUCUUUAAUGUAUUAUGUAACUUGAGAUUCAGAGACAAAGAAUAAUUAGAGAGACAUCAUUCUCAUACUGAAGUAGUUGAUGAAUUUUUAACUGUACAUGUUAUUCCUCAUUCUCAUGAUGAUGUUGGAUGGUUGAAAACAGUUGAACAAUAUUUUUAUGGUUUGAGAAAUGAUUAUCAAUGGGCUAAUGUGGGAUAUGUGAUAGAUUCAUAUAUAGAGGAAUUAUAAAGAGAUGAGAAUAGAAAGUUUAUUUAAGUGGAAAUCAAGUUUUUUAAGAUGUAAUUUUAUAAUAAUAUAAAUAAUAAGGUGGUGGGAUUUAUAAAAUGAAACAACAAGAAAUAUUACAAAAUAAUUGGUUGAAAAUAGAUAAUUGUAAUUUAUUUCAGGAGGAUGGUGUAUGAAUGAUGAAGCUACAACAUAUUAUGAAGAUAUAAUUGAUUAAAUGAGUUUAGGUCAUAAAUUCUUAAAAGAUACAUUUAAUUAUAUUCCAAAUAUAGGUUGGUAGAUUGAUCCUUUUGGUCAUCAAAAUUCUUAAGCAGCCUUAUCUUAUUAAAUGGGAUUUGAUGCUUGGUUUUUUGCAAGAAUAGAUUUCGAAGAUAAAGAAACAAGACUUGAUAAUAAGAAUAUGGAAAUAAUUAUGUUACCACCUGCUGAGGGAGUUUAAUAUCCAAUAUUUACACAUAUUCAAUAUUAUCAUUAUGAAGCACCUCCAACAUUUAAUUUUGAUAUUUUAAGAAGAUCAGAUGCAAUUGUUGAUAAUCAAAAAUCUGAAAGUUAUAAUAUUAAGGAAAGAUCAGAUCAAUUGGUUUCAUAUUUUAAAUCUCAAUCACUUCAUUAUAAGAAUGAUCAUUUAAUUCAUACAUUUGGUUCUGAUUUCUGUUGGUCCAAUUCUAAAGUAUUUUAUCAGAAUCUAGAUAAAUUAAUCAAAUAUAUUAAUAUGAAUCCAGAAUAUAAUAUGAAACUCUAAUAUUCAACACCUGAAGAAUAUAUUGCUGAAAUUAAUAAGUAAAACACUAUAUAUGAAACUAAAUCAGAUGAUUUCUUUCCUUAUUCUGAUGAACCACAUGCUUUUUGGACUGGUUAUUUUACAAGUAGAGUAGCAAUUAAAGGUUAUGUGAAAAGAUUAGGUAGAUAAGCAUAAACUUAUAGAAAAUUUAUUGCAUUACUUUAUUAAUAAGAAUUAAUAUAGGAUAAUUAUUAAAAUAUUACAGAUACUAUUUAUGAAUUAGAUAAUGCAUUAGCCAUUUGUUAACAUCAUGAUGCUGUUACUGGAACUGAAAAAUAACAUGUUAAUGAUGAUUAUAUCAAUAUACUUUAUAAAGGAGAAUAACAUAUUUAAAAAUUAACAAGAAAAUUCUUAUCUUAAUUAUUAUAUAAUACAACUACUAUAGACUAUGAAUAAUGUGAAUAUAAUAUUACUGCUUAAUAAUGUAGUAAGACUUACAAUGCUCUUAAAGCUAAUAAAACUGUUAUUCUUACAAUAAUAGAUGGAAAAGUCAAAUAAGAAAAUAAUACUGAUAUCAUUAGGAUUAAAGUUCCAAAUUUAAAAUUAUUAAUUAAAGAUUAAAAUAAUUAAGUUUUAUAUGGAGAUAUUGAUUGCACAAAUGGAUUUUAAGAUUGCGAUCUAUAUUUCAAAUAUUAAAUUCCUUUAAACAAUGUAAUUUAAUAUUUCACUAUAUAACCAGUAUUAUAUAAUGAAUCUGCAUCUGAAAUAUAAUUAACAGUUAAUCCAUUUCCUUAUAAUGAAGAUACAUUGAUUACACUUAAUUCAACUAAAUCUUUUAAAUUAAAAUAUGCCUAUUAUUAAUCUUAUUAAUAAAAAGAUUAAGCAGAUGGUGCUUAUAUUUUUAGACCUUCUAAUAACUCUAAAAUUAUGUAUGGUAAUAUUUCUUAUACAGCUAUUGGAUAUGGUAGAAUUAUGUCUAUAUUCAGAAUAGUUAGAACUUAUACUAAAUCUGUUGUUAAGAAUUUUUAUCAUUAAAAAGACACUUUUGAUAUUUAAACCUUUAUUGAUUAAAUUCCCAUCUCAGAUUAAAUAGGAAAAAAUAUAAUUAUGGUUAUUGAAGUACCAAACUUUAAUUCUGAUAAUACUUUCUAUACAGACAGCAAUGGAUUACAAUUUUAGAAAAGAAUAAUAAAUUAUAGACCUUAAUAUAAUUAUUCAUUACAUGAAAAUGUAUCUGGUAAUUACUAUCCAAUCACAAGUGGCAUUUAUAUUUAGGAUGGAUAGGAAUGUGUUGGUCUUCUAAAUGAUAGAUCAUAAGGAGGUAGUAGUUUACAAAAUGGACAAAUUGAAAUUAUGAUUCAAAGAAGAUUAUUAUAAGAUGAUAGUAGAGGAGUAGGAGAAGCUUUGAAAGAAAAUGAUGAAAAAGGUUAUGGUUUAGUUCAAAAUAUCUAACAUAAACUUACUUUCUUUAAUAUAGAAUAAAAUCCAAAUUAAAUAAGAAAAUUAUAAUAUUAUUUAGAUCAUUAACCAUUGGUAUUUUUUAAUUUUGAUUAAUAAUUACCACUUAUUCCUUAAAAAUUGAAUUGGUUUUUACCAUUUGAUGGCUUUAAUAUUGAUCCAUUAUUAAUUUAUGGAGAUAAUUUAUUGAAAUUCAAUUAUAUUUUAUGGAAUGAAGAUGAAAUAUUAUUGAGAAUUCAAAAUAUGUAGGAGAAAUUUUCAAUGAAGAUUGAUAAAAUGGGAUUUGAAGGUUAGGCCAUAAGAACUACAUUAACAGGUAAUUAGAAAUGGAGUGAUUGGAAAAAUAAAUCAUUAAGUAAUAUAUUAAUAUAUAUAUUUAAUAGAAUGGAAUUAUAAUAAGUAAGAAAACACUCUUGAUUAAGAUUUAGAUGAUGUUCUUUAUCCAUUAUAAAUAUAAACAUACCUUAUAAGAAAUAGUGAAUUAUUUUAUUAAUAAUGA